AUGGUGUAUUGUGCGGCAGCUGAAUGCAAGAACGCCACAGGGUGUGGGAAGAGCUUUUUCAAUUUUCCGAAAGAUGAAACAAGGAGAAAAGAAUGGGUUAGACGAGUUAACAGAGGCGGACCGAAACCUGGCCAGCUCUGGCAACCCUCAAAAUGGUAUCGUCUGUGUUCCGACCAUUUUGAGAACUGUUUUGAGAAAGAUUUGGCAGAUUCCAUCGGAUUCAAAGAGGUACUUCGACCGAAGUUGAAGCAAGAUGCAAUCCCGACUAUUUUCAAGACUCCCAAUAAAAUUAUUAAGAAUCGAACACACAGGAGGAGUGCUUUCGAUACACGCCGAAGGUUGGAGACUGUAUCCGAAUUGCUGGAAGCCUCUGGUAGCACUGAAGAGACAACGCCAGAAGUAGGAGGAGUUGGAGUUGAUGAUGAUAUUGCUGAACCUGAAGAAAGUGUGCUCGUGCUGUUGUGGGGUUUGGCCCUGCCGCAAUUAUUGGUUCAAACUGGUAUGGUCUGA